CCGCCCCCUCGCUGCCCCGGCGGCCCGGCGGUGCGGCAGAGCCGGCGGGGCUAUGGCUGCGGAGGAGGUGCUGCAGGGCGCCGACCACUACAAGAGCGAGAUCGAGCGGCUGACCCGGGAGCUCUCCGAGACGACCCACGAGAAGAUCCAGGCGGCGGAGUAUGGGCUGGUGGUGCUGGAGGAGAAGCUCACCCUCAAGCAGCAGUACGACGAGCUGGAGGCGGAGUAUGACGGCCUCAAGCAGGAGCUGGAGCAGCUGAAGGAGGCGUUUGGACAGUCCUUCUCAAUUCAUCGUAAAGUGGCUGAAGAUGGGGAAACACGUGAAGAGACUCUCCUCCAGGAGUCUGCGUCAAAAGAAGCUUAUUACCUGGGGAAGAUUUUGGAGAUGCAGAACGAGCUGAAGCAGAGCAGGGCGGUGGUUACCAAUGUUCAGGCAGAGAAUGAGAGACUCACUGCUGUUGUCCAAGACUUGAAAGAGAAUAAUGAAAUGGUAGAACUGCAGAGGAUACGAAUGAAAGACGAAAUUCGAGAGUACAAAUUUCGAGAGGCGAGGCUCCUGCAGGACUACACUGAACUUGAAGAAGAAAAUAUCACUUUGCAGAAGCUGGUGUCCACUCUGAAACAGAACCAAGUUGAAUAUGAAGGCUUAAAGCAUGAGAUUAAACGAUUUGAGGAGGAGACAGUGUUGCUUAACAGUCAGCUAGAAGAUGCCAUCCGGCUGAAGGAGAUUGCAGAGCAUCAGCUGGAGGAAGCCUUGGAAACUUUAAAAAAUGAAAGGGAGCAAAAGAACAAUCUGAGAAAGGAACUCUCCCAGUAUAUCAACCUCAAUGAUAGUAUGUAUAAUAACCAUAUUAAUAUAUCAGUAGAUGGAUUAAAGUUUGCAGAGGAUGCGAGCGAGCCCAACAAUGAUGACAAAAUGAAUGGACAUAUCCAUGGGCCUCUUGUGAAACUCAAUGGUGACUACCGAACUCCCACAGGUAGGAAAGGAGAAUCUCUGCACCCCGUCUCCGACCUCUUCAGUGAGCUCAACAUAUCAGAAAUACAGAAACUGAAGCAGCAACUUAUGCAGGUGGAGAGAGAGAAGGCCAUUCUCCUGGCCAACCUACAAGAGUCUCAGACGCAGCUGGAGCACACGAAGGGAGCCCUGACCGAGCAACAUGAGCGAGUCCACAGGCUCACGGAACACGUCAAUGCCAUGAGGGGGCUGCAAAGCAACAAGGAGCUAAAAGCAGAGCAUGACUGUGAGAAGGGCCGAGAUCCUGGCGAGGAAGCACAUGACUAUGAAGUGGACAUCAAUGGCUUGGAGAUUCUAGAAUGUAAAUACAAAGUAGCUGUUACAGAGGUGAUAGACCUUAAAGCAGAAAUCAAAGCCUUAAAGGAGAAAUACAAUAAAUAUGUGGAAAACUACACUGAAGAGAAGGCCAAGUAUGAGAGCAGAAUCCAGACAUAUGAUGAACAGGUGACAACCCUGGAGAAAUCGACCAAGGAGAGCCAGGAAAAAAUGGUCCACAUGGAAAAGGAAUUACAAAGGAUGACAAGCAUAGCGAAUGAAAACCACAAUACCCUCAACACGGCCCAGGAUGAGCUGGUGACGUUUAGUGAGGAACUGGCUCAGCUCUACCAUCAUGUCUGCCUGUGCAACAACGAGACACCAAACAGGGUUAUGUUGGACUAUUACAGGCAAAGCAGAGUCACCCGCAGCGGCAGCCUGAAAGGACCAGAUGACCCUCGAGGUCUCCUUUCCCCGCGACUUGCCAGAAGGGGAAUGGCAUCACCCGUAGAAGCCAGGACCCCAACCGAGCAGGUGACAAAAGAGGCUGUGGAGCCUGGCAAGGAGCAGAGCCCAACUAAAACACCUACAAUUUCCCCCGUCAUCACAGCCCCUCCUUCCUCCCCUGUCUCCGAUACCAGUGACAUUCGCAAAGAGCCGAUGAACAUCUACAACCUCAAUGCCAUAAUAAGGGACCAAAUCAAGCACUUGCAGAAGGCUGUAGAUCGGUCGUUGCAGCUGUCACGCCAGCGUGCUGCAGCUCGGGAGCUGGCGCCCAUGAUUGACAAAGACAAGGAGGCCUUAAUGGAAGAGAUACUGAAGCUGAAAUCCCUCCUGAGUACCAAGCGGGAGCAGAUAGCAACCCUGAGAGCAGUCCUGAAAGCCAACAAGCAGACAGCUGAAGUGGCAUUAGCCAAUUUGAAGAAUAAGUACGAAAAUGAAAAAGCAAUGGUGACUGAAACCAUGACCAAGCUACGAAAUGAACUUAAGGCUUUGAAGGAAGAUGCAGCAACCUUCUCAUCCUUGAGAGCAAUGUUUGCAACCAGGUGUGAUGAAUACGUCACGCAGCUGGAUGAGAUGCAAAGGCAGCUAGCAGCUGCAGAGGAUGAGAAGAAGACACUAAACUCUCUGUUGCGCAUGGCUAUCCAACAAAAACUUGCCCUUACCCAGCGACUGGAGGAUUUAGAAUUCGACCAUGAGCAGUCCCGACGCAGCAAAGGCAAGCUUGGAAAGAGCAAGAUCGGCAGCCCUAAAGUAAGUGAGGAGGCAUCAGCCACCGUGCCAACCAUAGACACUUUCCUCCUGCAUAGUCAGGGCCCACAGCAACCAAACUUACUGGUCAGCAGUGGCACUCAGAGGAAAAGACUAUUCUCACCUUCCCUUUGUGAUCAGAGCCAUCCCAGGACUUCAGGGACCUACCUCCAGAAAUUAUUAAGAGCCCCCCCUCAUCCCGCUUCCACAGAAUCAUAUCUUCUGAGGGGCCCCCCUUCCAUGAGUGAAUUCAUCCAUGGGCACCGUCUCAGCAAGGAAAAAAGGUUAACCGUGGCCACACCAGAUUGUCAGCAGCCUGCUGCCUCCAUACCGCCACACGGCUCACAACUAGCCAGGGGGCCAGAUUGCCAGACUGUCAGUCCUAGUGCUCUUCCAGAAGAGCAGCCACAUUCCAGCUCUCAAUGUGCCCCUCUCAACUGUCUCUCUAAGCCUCCUCCUUAUCCCUAAUCUUCAUAUGCAACGUAAGAGAAAAUCCAAACAGAGUGGAGUUCAUGCAACAAAGAUUUGGGUUGUUCCCAACAAGCAGGUAGACAAUCCCGCCUUGUUGCUGCAUCGACAAGUCUGGAUUCAUAUCCACAGCUCUGGCAACUGAGGGAAGGUUGAGAAGAAGAACACAAAGCACAGAGCCCAACCUAUCAAGAAGACUUUUUAUGGUUCCUCUGAUUGUAUUCAAACUUUGCUAUCACAACUAAAGUAUAGUGAAAUUUAAUAUCUCAACAAAGUUAUUCCUCCCAGCUGCUUGGCUUUACCUCUGACAAAAUGAGAGACUUAAGCCAAUAUUAAAAAAAAAAAAAAAGUUACUAAAAUCCUACCCUCACAACCUCUAAGUUCGGCCAUAGGAACCAGUUCAAACUUCCUUUUGUCAUUAAGGGUGUGAUAUUUAUUUCUUACUUUAUUUGCACCAUAAUUUCGUGUUUAUAAAAUAGUCUUUUUUUUGGUGAGAAUUAUAUUUAAUUCAUUUUAUUUUUUAAAAAAACAAGCAGAAAUAGCUUAAGCGAAGAAUGACUGUGUUAAUAUUAAAAAGAGGCUUGUUGCAUUGGCCAGCAUAUGGCCAAUUCUUUUUGCACAAAAAUGCUGGCAAUGGGUGGAAUUGAAAUGUUAACAAUGACUGUAUAUUUUGCUGCUGCACUGAUAUUGUUUAUGCACUUGUUUUUUUAAUUCCUAUUUCACUAGCUUCUGGUUUUGUUCUAGCUCUUCACUGAAAGAUAAUUAUUAAGCCUAAGAAGGAGAUGAAAGGAUGAUGUAUUGAUUUGUUUUCAGUUGUUUGCUUGCAUUGUGAUUAUAUUUUUGCAUUUCAGACAAGUAGAUGAAUUGGUGCUGUUUUUUUGGGCUGCUUUCUAUUCGGUAUCUGAGAAAAAAAUCUAAAACAAGUAAAAUGUUGUGUGCUAAUUAAAAACAUUCUUUCCUCUUGCUCCCAUAUUCAGGAUACUAGCUUGAGGCCUUACCGUGAAAGGCUAGUAUGAAAGGCCAAGUUGUAGGCACUUCAAGUGAAGUAUUUUGUGGUGAAAUAACUGCUGCAGGUAGGGUUAAUGGUGGAUCAAAGUUAGCAGGACUUUACUGUAGUGCAUUUUUUCCUUGCCAAAAAUCAACAGAUACAGAACCUUAGCUAAUGUCAGUUUAUGACAAAUACUCAGGUGAUCUACGCUACGCAGACUCUAUCGCAACAGUGCACAGUGCUCCUAGUUAAAGAUUCUUUCCUGUAAAAGCUGAGUAAAUCAUUUUGUUUUGUUUAUUUGUUUGUUUUUAAAUAACAAGUUUCAGAACAAAACCAAGGAUAGCAGAAUUUAUUUUGCACAAUACCUGACAGCAAGGCAAGCGGCUAUGUAAGGUGUUCAGCAUAUGUGGGCUUCCUGAUUGGCCAUCAGCUAGAAGUCCUCAGUGCUGCCUAUUUGUUGGUAACUAGCAGACUCCUUGCUCGGUCAGGUGGCCUUAAUUUAUUUACGGAAGAAAGGCUUAGAUAUUUCCACAUCUUUAUUCCUUCCCUGCAGCAUGAGUGUGAUCUACAAGAGAGAAACACAGUACAGCCUUAGGUACAGAGCAGCUGGAAAAAAAUGCUGCAGAUAUGGUUGGAAUAAUUCUUUUAUAUUCUGCCUGAAUCUGAGAAAAUGAACUCAGUCUUCUGUUAGUAACAGUGCUUACCAAAUGUUAUGAUACACAAAACAUCAGCAGAGGAAAGAAUCAGUGACCAAUCAGUGUGCCUAACAAUCAUUAUUUCCAUGGUACCAGUAAUGAAGGUGCUGUAAAUAGAAAUAUUCUAUGUAAUCAACUGUGUAUGUCAUACAGCCUUGGCAAAGCAGCUGAGCUAUUGUAACAGAACAUUCAGUGUCAAAGGUGGGGAAAAUAGGAACAGACUGAUAUCAAAUUCUAAUCAGAACAAACAGACAAUACUCACCAGUGUUUCUGCUGAGGUUUCCAUGCAGUUCACAUGGUUCUUCUUGUAUACAUUUACAUAACUAUUUAGUAUCGUACUUAACUGAUGUGUUGUCUUGUCAUACGAAAGUCAAGUAAAACUUGUUCAGCUCUAUCAUAGUUUGACAUGGAGAUUAGCUGCUAUUUUGAUUUUUAUUAAAAAUAAAAAAUAAAAAUAAAAAAUUGUCUGAGGCAAAUGUUGCCUUCCAAGAGCACCUCACAAUUCCUGACAUUGCCAGACUGGUAUAGUUACCUUGCAAAACAGUGGCAAUGUCUAUGUCCAACAAAGACAGCUCUGUAUAUUGUUAAACAAAAAAAGAAUUUGCAUUGCACAUUGAACAGAGUGACCACAGGCUGUACUUGGAAUAGUUUUUCCUAUUUUCAUAUCCAAAGCAAACAUUUGCCCUGAAUUUUAGUUAAACAGAAAUUUAGUGAAAUACAUUUCCUUUCUAUAUAGAUAUGAAUUUAUGAAAAAAUGAUAUAGUGGAACAUUUGUUUAGUAACGUAUUUGUUUCCGAUUGUAAUUUGCAGAGCAACUUUGGGAAACUGAAACAUUGUACUGGUAUGUCGAUGUGGAUCAAGAGUUACAAAACAGCAUUUAAUGGCAUAGAAAUUGUGGUCCUGUUUUAUAGAAAUAAGUGGGUUUAUUAAAUUUUUUAUUCUCUUAAGCUUUAAAUUCUUCAUUUCUAAGUUUUCAAUUUGCAUUUUUAAUAUGUAAUAAAACAAGUAAAUGUUGGAAAUUUAAGAGAACUAGAAACAAACCAACUUAAAUGUACAAAUGGCUGUAGUUAUUGCAUUGUAAGUUAUAAAACUGUGUAGGUCCCCAGGACAACUUUUGUCAGUUAACCAGUACAAAAUAAAAUACAUAUCUUGAACUUGAGAUGAUAAACUCUUCUUUGUUAUAUAGUGAUUGGUAGCAUGCAACUUUGUGAGAUAUUUUGUAGGAAAUAUUUACAUAGACAAAACCAGACACAAAAGGGUUUUUUCGUUUGUUUGUUUCUUUUUGAGUUGCAAAAUAUUAUACUCUGUCCAUUUAAAAUUAAUUUAUGAUGUGGUGUUAUCUAUGCUGGUUUUUAAAGAUUAAGAAGAAAAGGAUAUAUAUAUUGCCUAAUGGUUGAGUAUACUCAGAACUGCUGAAAUGUGUCCUAAGCAGGAAGGAAGCAAUUCAAAUCCUGCUCUGACUUUCGUAUCUGAAAUGUAGUUUUUGUUCUCUGUGAUGGCCUUGAAAUUUCCUUGGUUUUAGAAUAGCCUUUUUAUUUCUGCAGCAUUCUGUUUUGGGUUUUAUUUUCCAAUGCAGUGAAAAAAAAUAUUGUUUGUUCAGUGAAAUGAUAAAAGUCUGGAAAUCCAGUUAUAGGAAAUGUGUGGAAAUUAAAAAAAAAAAAAGGAAAAAAAAGAUUGAAAUAUAAGGGGAACAAAAGAUGUAACAUAUAAUAGUAAGGAAAAUAUAUUUUCUAUCAGAAGGUUAAUAGAAGCUUUUACAGAAAGAGGUAAUAUUAUCAUUUCUCAUGCUAAUCAUAUGGAUGUUUCUGCCUUCUAUGUGGAGGCGAUAGUGAUAUUCUUUCUGAUUGACAGGUUGGCACCUCUGUGCUUGCUCCAUCCACAUUUUUCACGGUAAAUUAAUGUAACCAUAGCUAUACAGUAGGGCUCAUAGAGUGAACUAUAACUAAUGCAAUGCUGCAAAUUUUAAUGCCAAGAUGACCUUCAGUUUACUUUUGAUUUUAAAAGAUUGGUAACUUGAUAACUUGUUUAAGCCAUUUACCAUAUUAAAGUGUUAACCGAAGGAUUACGUUACAAAAUAUAACCUCACUUAUGCAACGUGACCUCACCUACAAAGGCUGCUUGUGCUAGUUAGGUUGCGAAUACUGAAAUACAGCUGUUUGUAAAAUAUGGACCAGUCCUCAUCAGGCUGGGAACAAUGCCCAGGAGCCUGGGCCCUUACUUUGAUACCAACCUUAUUGCUCAGCAUGCCAUGCCAGUGUCAAGAUUUGCGCUGCCAGUUCCGCUAUAGCUGGAUUCAUCAUCACCAUCAGGUGUAGAUUGCAUCAACCCUUCUGAGGGCUGUUUCCUUUCUCUGAUGGAAGAUGUGCAUCCACUUGGGUUAUUGUAAAUUUCUCUCUACUUAGGAAAUCUAUGUUUGAAAAUGGCAGACACUGAUGUUUUACCUUGGAAGUAAUGAUAAUUGCAAUAGUUACCUCUUUAAAAAUUCCGGUCAUCACUUUUCUUCAGUUUUCCUUUGCUUGCUGUGUGUGCAGUGAGUAUGAAAGGGAUAUACAGUAUUCAGACAAUUUUUAACCAGUAAGCUUCUCUCCUCUCCUCUCCUCUCCUCUCCUCUCCUCUCCUCUCCUCUCCUCUCCUCUCCUCUCCUCUCCUCUCCUCUCCUCUCCUCUCCUCUCCUCUCCUCUCCUCUCCUCUCCUCUCCUCUCCUCUCCUCUUCUCUUUUUAGUUAAGCAUCCUGUGGAAAGAAACAAAAAAGCAAUUGCCUUUUGCCUUCAGGCAUAAAUGCAUCUAAAUAUGCAACGUAAAAUGCGUGCAUGAGAUUCUUAACAUCAUGUAGCUUUUCCAUAUCCAUAAUUAAACUAGAAAAUUCUUAAUUCUUGUGUGAUAUGCAUAUUUCUCAUGUUAGAAAGGCAAGAGGACUAUCACUGACUCUGUAUCUAUCAUUCAGAGGUGCAUGGCUUAAAUCCUUAUUGGAUUUUAAUCUGUUUCCUGUGGAGUUCUUGAAAAUCCCUUUCAUGAAAUAUAAUGGCGAUUGAGCGACAAACUGACAAAGGGUAAAGCAAAAAUCCUGUAUUCCAUGACUGGAGUCAAUGUGCAAGCAGACUCUGGGUGACAGGGCUUUGUUUCAGAAGUGUCUUUCCAUGAAGCUCCAUAUUUGUUUUGAUUAUCAUUAUUUGCUGUAAAAGAAACAGUGGAGAAGAGUGUUUGCAAACUAAAUUAUACAGUUACUUGAUUUCAAGGGUAUUUUGGAAAUCAAUGAAAAAAAGUGAUUGAUAAAAGUUUUGAGUAGACUGGCUUGCUAGCUGAGUUGUUAUUCUAUCAGCUGUGAAUAAGAAAUAAGAGUAAUCUAGCUUUUUGUGUUUUCCCCCUGUCCACAGGUAUGGCUCUGUGUGCUAUACCAGUGGAUAGAUUAAGUCCAUUUUAUUAGUUAUUGCCCUAUUGGUUUUCAGCCCUGUGGUCUGACUGUUAAAGGGUUAAUUAACUCGAUCCUUUGUAAACAACUUUAAAAAAUGAAAAUUGAUGUUUUGUGACUUUUGUAAUCUAUUGAAUGUUUCCAUUUGCAUGAUGUUCUGUAUCUAACUGACCAUACAGAUUGCUGUGUUCCUUCCAAAAGAGUUUUAACAUUGGUGGAGAUUGUGACAAACACAAAUUUGUAUACAGUAUGUUUUCUGCUGUGAUAACUCAGCUAAUCCUAUUUGAAUUGACAUUAUGUUGUCCUGCCUUCUUGGGUUAAAUGAUGAAGUGUUUCUAGAUGGUGAAGAAUAUGAAAGUAUAUAUGUUCAUUUGCUAAAGACUGAAUAAUGGAAACUCUUCUUGUUGCUUCUUUAUGCUAAAAGCAAAAAAAAAAAAAAAAAAAAAAAAAAGGAAAAAGGGAAAAAAAGAAAAAAAAAGUUAAAUAAUUCUUGUUUCCAAAAAUGCAUCAUUUGUUUUUAAAAUUGAAGUAACUCCCAUGUUAACUCUUUCCUGUCCUUGUAGACAAUCCCAGAUUAAUGCCUUGUGAGGGAUUCAUAAAGUCUGUGCUUGUAACA